AUGAAAUCGCAUGCUUUCGUGCUGUGUAAAGUACGACAUAAUGUGAGUCUGUCACCAUGUCACGCUAUGGAACCACGAGUAGGAAUUGAUCAAGAUCUUACGGAGCAAUUGAUGCAAUAUUCAGAAACACUACAGGGUGUAGUAUUGAGUUUUAAUAACGUUCAGUUGGAUCGACCGUAUGGUGCUAUUGUGAAUGAAAUGCCCUAUAUUCAUUGCAAAGUAUUGGCUGAUGCACUGGUAUUUCGGCCUACACUAGGCAUGAAACUAUGUGGUAUUGUCAAUAAGAUUGGAAGCAAUCAUAUUGGUAUGCUCUUUGCUGGUGUCUUUAAUGGUUCAGUGGCUGAGACUGAGUUACCGAAAGGAUUUGUACAUAACUAUGCUCAGGAUUGCUGGCUGGGUGAGGACGGCUCGUCAAUUUCUGUGCAAGAUGAAGUGAAUGUCCAAGUGCUACGUGUUCACAUUGCUGGAGGCAUGAUCGCUAUUGAGGCCACGAUGCGUUUUAGUGAUUCAAGCGUCGAAAAGCUUGCGUCGGAAAAGAAGGUGAAGAAGGUCACGCACCUUAAUCUGACAGCAGGAGAACCAGUGACUAAUCUGACUGAAGAGAAGAAGGUCAAGAAACGUACGGAGUUUGAGGAAAAGAAGAGUUGGAAUGCCAAGAAGGUUGAGGAAGUUACUUUGACAAUGACCAAGGUGGUCGAAGGUGAGGAUGCUAAGGUGAAGAAGGGCAAGAAGGAUAAGCCUGAAGAAGGUAAUCAAGCAAAAGACAAGAAGAAAACCAAGAAGCACAAGCUCAUGGAAGAUGUCCUGGAAGAGACAGAGGAGAAAGUUGUAGUGAAACUAAAGAAACACAAGGAAAAAGACGCCAAGAAGAAGAAACACAAGAAGAGCAAGCAAGAAUAG